AAAAUCAGCUGAUUACUGAACAGUUCCAAUUGUAAACAAAAAACAAUGUUCGCGGAUUGGUGUUCCAUAUAACCACUACGUGCGCUGUUACAAACUUCUUCUAUUGUCAAGAUUACAUAUUAGAAUUAGAUAUUUGACUUGUUUAUCUUCUUUAGUACAAAACUACAAAAAUGUCAUUUUAAAAUAUAUAUUCACAAGUAAAUUGUUUAGUUUAUAAAGCCAGCACGAUAAAAACUGAGAUAAAUAUUAGAUAGAAAAAAUGGAUGACGUAGCUGCUGCUCACAGUGAAAAUGAAGAAGCUAAAAAAAUACGUGAAAGAAUAUUACGAUAUGAAAGUGGAGAAAAUCCACUAGCCCCAAUUGAAGUGGAACAGCAAGAAAUUAUCGACAAAUUGGAGCAACUUAUGAUUGCAGGUUAUUACAAUGCAGAUGAUAUUACUGAUGACGAAGUCGAGAACAAACUUGUUAAAGAAUUUGUGGAUAUCCCAUGUAAAUCCUUUAAGAGUUUAUAUGAAUCUGAAAAAAAGGAAAUUAAUUCAGCUUUAGAGUUUUUAAAUUUUUAUGAUGAAGUAAGUUCUGAAAUGGAUAAUGUUGCUUUGAAUGUUUAUAAUAAAUACAUUGAAGAACUCAAGGGAAAGAGUUCUGAAUGUGAUGAAAUUUUGAACCAGAUAGAUGGUUCAUUGUUAAAAAUAAAUCAAUUAAGUGAUCAAUAUGAAUUAGUGGAAACAAAAACGAGCUCUUUAAAUAAUGUAACUGAAAAGCUUACUGAAGAACAAGACAAAUUGGAAAAAGUUUCCAUCGAGAUACAAAGGCGACUCUACUAUUUCAAUCAAGCAGAUUCAGUUGCUCAAAAAUUACAAAAUCCAAAUCUAUCAGUAACAAGUGAAACGUUCCGAGAUCUUUUGAACAAAAUAGAUGAAUGCUUAGAAUACCUACGUCAAAACCCGAAAUUUAAAGAAUCCGGGGUUUAUAUAGUAAAAUAUAAACAUUGUCUAUCAAAAGCAUUAACAAUGAUAAAAAAUUAUUCUGGUCAAAUUUUAUCCCAAGCAUCUGAGAGUGUAUUAUCACCAAAAUCACCAACAACAUUGGCUUUAAGUGAAGUAUCAAGUCCAGAGACAGCCUUUGCGCUUUAUUACGGAAAAUUUCAAACAUCUUCAAUAAAAAUCAAAAAAAUAUCGUCAAUGAUUGAAGAAAGAAUAGGUCAAAACCCCGAAUAUGAGCAACUUUUGGCUGAAAUUCAUCAGAAUUAUUUAUCCGAAAGAGCCACUAUUAUGAGCCCUGCUGUUGAUAAGGCCAUUAAAGAUCUUAAAGUAAAUAAUAAUGGAGAUCAUUGCUCUUUAAUGCGUAGUGCAUGUGCAUUUUUAGUUCAUGUAUGUCAAGAUGAGCACCGUCUUUUUUACCAAUUUUUUACUAUAGCAAGUGAACAGUUGAACACAUAUUUGGAAGGCCUUUGUGUUAUUUUAUACGAUACUUUACGGCCGUAUAUUAUUCACAUUAAUCAUUUGGAAACUCUUGCAGAAAUUUGCAGUAUUUUAAGAAUUGAAAUGUUAGAAGAACAUGUUCAACAAAAUCCUGAACCAUUAGAGGCUUUUGGAAAAACAGUUUUCCAGUUACUCCAAGAUGUACAGGAACGUUUGGUAUUUAGAGCACAUUUGUAUUUACAGUCAGACAUUUUAAACUACAGUCCAUCUGGAGGUGAUUUGGCAUACCCAGAAAAAUUAGAAAUGAUGGAGAAAAUAGCACUCUCAUUGCAAGAACCGCAAUCAUUGAAACGUUCCGACUCUAAGUCGUCCCUGGCGUCAAGUAUUUCAAGUGCUAUUCCCGAUAAUGAAAGUGUUGCUGAAAGUAGUGUUCAUCAAAAAAGAUUUUUAAAUUCUCCAGCAGAUUUACAUGGAAUGUGGUAUCCGACUGUUCGAAGAACGUUAGUAUGUCUGUCUAGACUUUAUAGAUGUGUAGAUCGUCCAAUUUUCCAAGGUUUGUCCCAAGAAGCUUUACAUUAUUGUAUACAAAGUGUUUCCAGUGCUGGAUCAAAAAUUUCGGCGGCAAAGACUUCUAUUGAUGGAGAAUUAUUUGAAAUUAAACAUCUGUUAAUAUUGAGAGAGCAGAUUGCACCCUUUCGUGUUGAUUUUACAAUCAAAGAAACAACGCUAGACUUUAGUAAAGUGAAAACAGCAGCAAUUGGUUUAUUGCAAAAGAGAAAACAGCUUUUUUCAAUGGGCUCUAAUAACGCCCUCCUAGAAUUCCUUUUAGACGGAACACCACAAGUGAAAGAGCAUUUAAUUGAUUCCAGAAAAGAUGUUGAUCGGCAGUUAAAAUAUGUUUGUGAACUUUUCAUUAAGGAUUCAGUUCAAAUGUUAAUUGGUCCUUUAUUAGCAUUUUUGGAAAAAGCACAAAGUUUUUUAAAAAUAGAAACAAAUCAAACUCAAAGUUUGCAACAAUCACAAGCAAAAAUAAAUUAUCAACUUAGACAAAGUCCUUGGGCUAGUCCACAGCAAAUUAGCGGAUUUAUACAAGAAUCUCAAAGACUUAUCAAAAAUAAAUUGGCCGGAUUGCAGCGAUCUAUGCAACUCUAUUUAAGCAAUAAAGACACCGAAUUUAUAAUAUUUAGACCAAUUAGGAAUAAUAUAAUAAACGCUUUCGUGCGGCUGGAACAGCUACUGGUUGCAAAUGGAUAUACAAAGGAUGACAUGGUUAUAACCAGCUGUCCCACUCCCGAUCAAAUUUCUAUUCUUUUAUCGAGUGCAAGUAUACUAGCUGAAACUGCUCAAAGUUCAGCAACGGAUGGAAGUGGAGAAAAAAGUAGAAAAAUAAGCAAAACAUCAAUCGACUUAACAAACGACAAUCGACUAACAAACUUAACAGAGUGUACAGAAUUAAGUGAGCAAGGUAUUGAAGCAACAAGAAAUAUUGAUAUAGAAAACAAAUUUAAAGAAGAAGUAUAAGAAAAUAGGCUUUACAAGAAUUUUCACAUAUACAUAUGUAUAAUAAAGUUUGUAUUGAUAAUGUUGAUUAAUUAAAAGUAUUAAUGCAAAUA